UAGGUGUUUCACGAAGCGUCUUACGUAAACAGCUAGGAGGAAAAGGCCGAUGGUCUAUUUUACCAUAACCGAAGCUAGUGUUCCCAAUGCGGAGAAGGUGAAGCCGAGCUGUCCGAAGCGAUCGAGGAUCACUUCCACCUUAUAAAGAGAGAUGAGCCAGAAGUCGGAGCGCAGGGGGAUCCACGUGGACCAGUCGGAGCUCCUGUGCAAGAAAGGAUGCGGUUACUACGGCAACGCGGCCUGGCAGGGCCUGUGCUCAAAGUGCUGGAGGGAGGAGUACCAGCGCGCCCGGCAGAAACAGAUCCAGGAGGACUGGGCCCUGGCUGAGAAGUUGCAGAGGGAGGAGGAAGCGGCCUAUGCCAGCAGCCAGGGGGCGCAGUCCCAGCCCUCUCUCACUCCCUUCUCCAAAUUCGAGGAGAAGAAGACCAACGAGAAGACCCGCAAAGUCACCACCGUGAAGAAGUUCUUCAGCCCGUCCUCGCGCACCGCACCCAAGAAAGCCCCCAGUGAGAAAGUUGGGAAGGUGUCGGUUGAGCGCCAUGGAGACGCUCUUCUCCGGGACCUGAGGGGCAUGUUUUCUCAGCCCUGGGAGAUGAUGUCACCUGCCGAAGCGCUAGCGGGCAGGCUGAGAGAGUCCCACGAGGGGAAGACCCCCAGCCCCUCCAUCACCCGGCAGUCCAGCAUCGAGACGGACCGGGUCUCCCGGGACUUCGUGGACUUCCUGAAGAACCUGCAGAAGCCGGGCCGGGAGAUCCACAAGCAGAGCCGGGCCUUCAUCGAGAACAUGGCCAACAAGAAGGACCUGGGUGCCGAUGAACUGUCGGAGUGCGUCCAGGACUUCUACCAGAACAUGUCCGACCGCCUGAUGACCCACUUUAAAGGGUCCACGGAACGCGUGGAGCGAGUGAUGGACCAGGUCGAGAAGUACAUAAUGACACGCCUGUACAAGAACGUCUUCUGUCCCGAAACCACGGACGACGAGAAGAAAGACCUGGCCACGCAGCACAGGAUCAGGGCUCUGCACUGGGUCACUAUUCAGAUGCUGUGUGUCCCCGUCGAUGAGGAGAUCCCUGAGGUGUCAGACAACGUGGUAAAAGCCAUCACAGAUGUCAUCGAGAUGGACUCCAAGCGCGUUCCCCGGGACAAGCUGGCCUGUAUCACCCGCUGCAGCAAGCACAUCUUCACCGCCAUCAAGAUCACCAAGAACGAGCCGGCGUCGGCCGACGACUUCCUGCCCACCCUCAUCUACAUCGUCCUGAAGGCCAACCCUCCGCGCCUGCAGUCCAACAUCCAGUACAUCACCCGCUUCUGCAACCCCAGCCGCCUCAUGACCGGCGAGGACGGCUACUACUUCACCAACCUGUGCUGUGCGGUGGCCUUCAUUGAGAAGCUGGACGCCCAGUCCCUCAACCUGAGCGCCGAGGACUUCGAGCGCUACAUGUCGGGGCAGGCGUCGCCCCGGAAACAGGAGGCGGAGGCGUGGCCCCAGCCGGGCCCUGCAGGGGGGAGGAGCCCCGGGCUGAGCCAGGCGUACCGGAGCCUGGACCAGCUGACGGGGCUGGGGGCGCGGCACGACCGGGUGCUGGAGGGGGCGCGGGGCCUGCAGAGCGACCUGAUCGGCUGGCAGGAGAGCGUGGAGCGGGAGGUGCGGGAGAUCCUGGAGAAGUACCCGCUGGAGAUCCGGCCGCCCGCCUCCGCCAUCGACUCCGACAACGUGGAGAACGACCGGCUGCCCCCGCCGCUCCAGCCUCAGGUGUUCGCUGGCUGACCCCCCCUCUGCCCCGCUGCCGCCCCCCCCUUGCCCA